UGAAUGUUUUCCCCGCAAGGAGGUGUGUUUAGGGGAAGCAAAGCUAUUGUUAGCCGGCGAAGAUCGAUCGCAGGGUCAUGAAUAUUAAUUAAUUGGGUCACGUGACACGCCAGAGCAAGAUAUCCCAACCGGUUGGAUGAAGCGAGUAUGACAUAGGCUAUUAAGAAUUGAGUUAGCUUCCAAAUACCAAAAUUCUUGACUACCGACCUCGAAAAGUCGACCAUCGUGGAGAAUUCAGUGUUCACAGAAAUGGCACAUACGGAUCUAAGUCCACAGCAUACUCGAAUUCAUUCGUGCAGCCCAUCUUUGAGUCCUCCACCAUCGACACUCGCGGACAUGAUCAGUCGAAACAAGUUUCUAGAAGCUGCUAUUCCCAAGUGUGCCGGGUGUGGAGAGCAGAUACUGGACAGGUUUAUACUCAAAGUGCUCGACCGAUCCUGGCAUUCAAAGUGUCUAAAAUGUGCAGAUUGCCAGGCACAACUAUCCGAUAAAUGUUUUUCAAAAGGAGAUAAAGUGUACUGCAAAGACGAUUUUUUCAAACUGUUUGGGACAAAGUGUGCUGGGUGUGAGAAGGGUAUCCCACCGACAGAGGUGGUCCGCCGUGCCCAGGAGAACGUCUAUCACCUGGACUGUUUCGCCUGUCUCAUGUGCUCCCGGCAACUCAACACAGGAGACGAGUUCUACCUCAUGGAAGACAAGAAACUAGUGUGCAAGACCGACUACGAGGCUGCAAAAGCUCGAGGAACUACAGAUUUCGAAAUGGAUCCCUCAAAUAAACGCCCGCGCACAACUAUCACAGCCAAGCAGUUAGAGGCGUUGAAACGUGCAUACAAUGAAAGUCCCAAACCCGCGCGUCACGUCAGGGAGCAACUGAGUACCGAAACCGGUUUGGACAUGCGUGUGGUGCAAGUGUGGUUCCAGAAUCGGAGGGCCAAAGAAAAACGGUUGAAGAAAGACGCGGGGAGGCAAAGAUGGAACCCUUAUUUCCGUCAGAUCAAGCGGGAAGGCGACCAUGACAGUUCUCUUAGCGCCGACGAUAGAUCCGAUGAUGGACUUACAGACAGUUCAUUUCAGGGCAGUUUGGAUGACCUAGAAGGCCCCGUCCACUCGGGUCGUUUAUCCGGGGACCUUUACGGCUCGGGCCCUGUGGACCAUGAAUCACUGGGGAUGCCAGGGGGGCCUCCAAGCACGCCCCCUAUGGAUGCGUGGGGUCACUUCAACGGUCUCCCCGGGGCUCAGUUUAUCGGCCGCCAUUCACCAAACAUUCCAUCAAGCCACCCUCAAAUGUUGCCAAUGGAUUCACUUCCGCUAGGUGGCGCGCAAAACAUGGUUCGAAUGAUGCAGCCCGAUGUAAACGACACCCCUUCUGGCUUUGUAGAUUACCCGCCAGUCACCUCACAGAAUCACGUGGAAGUGUAUUAGUCAUGUGACAGAUUGUGCUGUUCUUAUUGGACAAAAUGAAACAGAGCCAUGCGGAGAAACGUUCGUAGCCGCAUACCGUAUACAGAUUCAAAUGAAUAUAUUUUUGUGACUUGCCGGAUACUAGUCGUUCUGUGUAGAGGCACUGUAAAGACAAAUGACAAUCUUUGACGAAAAGACUUCGUCCGUGUCAAGUAAAAACACUCGAGGGCUGUUGCAUUGUCCAUUUGAUGCUGAGGGACAGAUCUUUCGUUCAUUCGAUGUGCGAUUUAUAUUGUUCCAAGUUCGUGAAGUCUGUAUCGAUUCAACGUAGCGUUGGCCGUUAUAGUAGAGCGGACAGACUCCUUGCAUGGGUUGGUGCUCCAGAAUGCUUCGUUAUGAUCAAUAUUUAUCUGUAUUAUUUGGAAUCAAGCUGUUAGCUCUGAAGAUGUCGCUACAUAUCAACUAUCAUUAUUUCCAAGAACCGACAAGCUUUUUUAUUAUUCCUCGAUCUCAGCCAUGUUGUAUUUACGAAAUAUAUUUAUUGUCUUUUUAUUUCAUGAAACUGAUGAAAGCUUUAUGAUAUUCUUUUUAUUUAUUCUACUCUAAAAACGUUACGGACCACCCGUUUGUUUCAGAAACUGAGGGACAAAAGAAACUAUACCGAGUAGUGUCAUUGAAAAUUGAAAGAAAUCUUGUUGAGUUAGAUCAUGUGUCUAUUCAACAUCACUCAUUUGCAGAAAGUCAUUCGUGGCUGUGUAAUGUUGUGUAAAAAUUGAUUGGUUUAGCGAAUAAUGAGGUCAUGAAUUAAUUUGCAGUGAAAUGUAAAUUUGUGCAUAAAACAAGCACAUUUAUUGGUUUUCAAAGAUUUUUUCAGCAUUAUAUUUCUGGAAAUUUUUAAAGUUUUAAAAUUAUAUUUAAAAAGCUGCAGAACCAAGUCCUCACGCCCUAGUAACGUUCUUAUAUAUAACAUCGUUGAGUUCAUUUUAUAUCUAAUAACGAUAUGAAAUCAACUCAGAGGUAAAGUUUCUUUUGUGCAUCAGUUUAUACCUACAGUCAAUCUGUGGAGUUGUCCUUGGAUUCUUUGAGUAGUAUAUGAUAGUUUAUACAGAAUUACACUGGAAGUGAUUACAUAGAAUUGUAUAUACAUUAUUAACAAACUGGUUUAUUGACAUAUCACAGAUUUUAUUGAACAAACGCUACUUAUGGCAUAGACGGGCCAGUUUGUGUCGCAUAUCAGCCCUGAACGUGGAUAAUUUGGUCACAUUUCACCGGUAUGAGAGUUUUCUCUAGUCAGUCAUAACCGGGUCGAUUCCUCUGCUUGUACAUACACGGUAAAUAUAUCAACGUUUAACAAUCUAAUUACAACAUUUUGCCCAAUUCUCACCAAUUUUACAGUUGAUAUUUGAUUGUACAUGACAUCAUGACCCAUGUUUUACAUUGUUUUCGUUCUUUAAACCUUAUUUAAUGCCUUUACAAUGUUAAUUAUUACAGAGUUAUCUCCCAUUGGUGUGUGCAUAAUAAUGUCUUAUAAAAAUGGCAAAGUUUUAUAUUUCAAGGGGAGAUAACUCGUUUUGAGGGGAGGUAAUCCAUUUCGGGCGACGUGCAAUGUCUCGGUUAUCAUUUCAAUACUCACAUAUUAUUGAAGUCAAUCAUGCCUUUUAUGAUAAGUUAUCUUUAUUUAUUAUGUUGUUGUGAUUUUAAACGUUAUCCUAAUUUAUCCGAGGUUUUGUUCCGAGUAAUUGUCCCAUGUGCAAUAUUCAUGUGCAUUGUUCAAUAAAACAUCCAGUUUUAUCGA